UUAUUUGCCUUGGCCCAUUUGGAAAAGUGUUUUUUGGCACGAUCUUGUGAUGACCUAAAGUCCACCAAUACUUGGCAUCCCAGGCAGCCGUUUCUUUGAGUUUGAAUGAGGGUUUGUGUGUUUGCAAAGAGGAGAGAAAUACAAAUAGAGAGGCAGCCGAGUUUGUGAUAAGAUCUAUCAUUGUUUGUGGUUUCCUCUUGUUUUUCUUCUCUACCUUAGUGGCUGCAAACUAACCACCAUUUCAUCUCCUUUGGGCUGAAAGGGAUUGCACGACAAAAAGAAAGAAAAGACAAGAAAAAGUGCUUAAACAUAAUGCACUCCGUGCAGAGAGUAUUAAGGCAAGCUCACAUAGGUACCAAACAACUGAUCCAUUCUGUGUUUCCAAGAACCCCUCCAAUCUGUCGCUCGAGAAACUUAGCAACGCACGGAUCAACAAUGGACAUUCGGGAAUCCAUUAGUAACCAGACUGACGUUUCUUUGUUUCUUGCAAAGCACUUGGUUUCUACCAAGGCCAAGGACGCCAACCUGGUGUUCUCGCCGGUGUCGAUUCAUGUUGUGCUGGGCUUGAUCGCUGCCGGGUCUAAAGGCAACACGCUAGACCAGCUUCUCAGUUUUCUCAAGUCCACGGGAACCGAAGAGGUUAAUUCUCUUUCAUCCCAGCUCGUCACUCUCGCGUUCGCUGACGGUUGUUCGCUUGGUGGGCCCCAGUUGUCCUUCGCCAAUGGCGUUUGGAUUGAUCGGAGUCUUUGCCUGAAGCCCACGUUUAAAGAAAUUGUCGAUAAUUCUUAUAAGGCUGCUGCCAGAAAUGUUGAUUUUCAGACAAAGGCUGUCGAGAUAACAAAAGAGGUGAAUAUGUGGGCUGAAAAGGAAACAAGUGGCCUUAUCAAGGAAAUUCUUCCAUCUGGCUCAGUUGAUAAUUCUACGAGGCUCAUUUUUGCAAAUGCAGUUUAUUUUAAAGGAGCCUGGAAUGAGAAGUUUGAUGCUUCAAAAACGAAAGAUGACAAUUUUUUACUCCAAGAUGGGACCUCGGUGCAAGUACCUUUCAUGACAAGCGAAGAGGAGCAAUAUAUACGUGCCUUCGAUGGUUUUAAAGUUUUAGGUCUUCCAUACAAGCAAGGCGACGACAAACGCAAGUUCUCCAUGUAUUUCUUUCUUCCAGAUGCCAAAGAUGGACUGCCAGCUUUAGUUGAAAAAUUCAGCUCUGAACCCAGAUUUUUAGAGAAUCACCUCCCGCAUCGACGAGUAGAAGUGGGUGCCUUUCGUAUUCCAAAAUUCAAGAUAUCUUUUGGGUUUGAAGCUUCUGAACUCCUCAAGGGACUGGGAUUGGUCUUGCCUUUUUCUAGUGGACUCACUGAAAUGGUUGACACUUCCAGUGGUGAGAACCUUUGUGUUUAGAGCAUUUUCCACAAAUCAUUUAUUGAGGUAAAUGAGGAAGGCGUAGAAGCUGCAGCUGCUACUGCUGGUGUCUUGAUGGUGACUAGUUUGAGAAGGAAGUAUAAGUUGGAUUUUGUGGCUGACCAUCCAUUCUUGUUUGUGGUAAGAGAAGAUAAGACCAGGUUUUUACUAUUUGUUGGGCAGAUUCAUAAUCCCAUCUCCGGUUAAUAUAUAUGUACACACAAGUAUCUGUAAAUAAGCAUGCGUAGGUAGAUGAAGGCUUACAUAUGUAAGUUAUAUAUAUUAUAUUCCUCUCGUAAUCGGUAUCACGACGUCCUUUUACCAAGAUUAUUGACAUAUUUUCUUGCCAAUGGAAGGCUACAAUAGACGAUGGUAACUUUGAGUAAAAUUUGGAUUCAGAAUUUCAAAAAUGGUUUGCGUUAUUGUAUGCAAUCUGCCUCCACUUUUCUCAAUCUGCAACAAGCAUUUAUCAGCUGGCAAUUGUAUAUUCCUCGAAAUGCUACCCUUAAUUCGCUGAAUUUUCUAGAUACAUGUUGCAAUUAACACCGACCCUUUCCAUGUUAUACCCCAUGGUUGCCCCAAAACCUAGAUGACAUAUCAGAGAAAUAUAAUUGG